ACUCUCACUCGGUCAGCUUCGACUGUCAGUAGUAAGACGCGCGCCACGGCGAUAGAUACAAGCAUCUAGACACCAGGCGUACGUACAUGUGCGUGGUGAAAUGCUGGAUUGACUAACAUUGAAGAUCUCAGGGAUCAAUGGCGCGGCUUUGAGAUCGUUUAAAAUUUAUUGGAAGGGUGAGUGUGAGAGAGAAAGGAAAGAGAGGGAGAGGAAAAACAGUGUCUUUCAACAAUGGAACUUAGAAUGGAAAACAUUGGGAAUCUGCACGGCGUGUCACACUCCCAUCAAUCGGGGGACUUGAUGAACUCUCCUCAUGCGCGACAGUCAGCGACACAUAGGAACUUGGUGUCAUCGCACGGGAGGUCAGCGAUGGUGUCCAGCAUGGCCUCGAUACUGGACGGGGCCGGGGAGUAUCGCACGGAACAUUCGCUGUCCGGUCCUUUCCAUCAAGCGAUGCCCAUGUCGUGCGAUUCGAGCAUGAGUCUGAGCAGCACUUACACCACCCUGACGCCGCUGCAGCAUCAUUUGCCUCCCAUAUCAAACGUCUCAGAGAAAUUUCACCACCACCCGCACGCUCACGCUCAUCACCAUCCCGCGCACCAGCGUCUCGCCGCCGGGAACGUCAGCGGCAGCUUCACGCUGAUGCGGGAUGACCGGGGCCUCGCGUCCAUGAGCAACCUAUACGGCCACUACUCCAAAGACUUGUCCGGGAUGGGACCACCUUUAUCGCCUCUUUCCAACGGCCUUGGGUCUUUGCACAACUCUCAACAGACUCUGAGCGCGUACGGUCCGACUCACCUGGGGACUGAUAAGAUGAUUUCCACGGGAGGCUUCGAGUCCCACGCUGCGAUGCUCGGCCGGGGCGAGGAGCACCUGGCGCGGGGUUUAGGGGGCCAUGGGGCGGGGAUCAUGUCUUCUCUCAACAGCAUCAACCACCACCACAGUCAUUCACACUCUCAGGCGAACGGGUCGGUGCUCUCGGAGCUGGAUAGGCAGGCAGCAGGAGGCGGCGGACAAGGUGGUGGGUCAGGGCAGGUGGAGGAGAUCAACACUAAAGAGGUGGCUCAGCGAAUAACGGCGGAGUUAAAGCGGUACAGCAUCCCACAGGCCAUCUUUGCCCAGAGGAUCUUGUGUCGCUCUCAAGGAACUCUCUCGGACCUCCUGCGGAAUCCCAAACCCUGGGGUAAACUCAAGUCAGGUCGGGAGACGUUCAAACGGAUGUGGAAGUGGCUGCAGGAACCCGAGUUCCAGCGCAUGUCGGCCCUUAGGCUUGCAGCUUGCAAACGUAAGGAACAGGAGCAGCACAAGGAACGCAACAUGGCACCCAAAAAGCAGCGCUUGGUAUUCACUGACUUGCAGCGCCGCACACUCAUCGCCAUUUUCAAGGAGAACAAGCGGCCCUCGAAGGAAAUGCAGCUGACCAUCUCGCAGCAGCUGGGCCUGGAACUUAACACCGUCAGCAACUUCUUCAUGAAUGCACGUCGCCGCUGCGUCGACCGCUGGCAUGAGGAACACCUUCACGGCCAUGUAGCCAGUCCCGGCCAGCCAGGCACCUCGGCCACCACCUUCUCCAAAGCUUAAAUCUAAAUCCCUUUUCCCCUGGGUGGCUGAGACUGGAUCAGUCCAAACUCACAGUCACCCGUUGCGUGCCAAUCAAUCCCACUGCUGCCAAAAAAAAUGGCGAUGUUUCACGUUAAAUGCAACCUUUUACUUUGGGACUGUUAUGAAAUCAAGCCAGACAUUUCCACAUGGAAAAGCACCACGUUAUAUUAACAUAAACCACAACGAAGUGAGCUGAAAUGGUCUGUUCGUGCGGUUGAGGACAAACGAGCACUUUCACAGCUUACAGCACAGAAGGCUUGUUACUCAAGCAAAGUUGUCAAAGAAAGCCACCACCUGCAUCAUCAUUCUCAGGCCCACGGCGGCACAAUUCCCUAGUGGCCAGUUGUUUCACUGAGGCUCUCAGAUCAUAUGCUAAGCUAAUGAAUUGAGAGACUAAUCGAUACGGACAGAAAAGCGAAGGACGUCGACCUCUACUGAAGGUGAAAUGGAACGAGCUCCCACAACAAGGACUCGCACGUUCGCCCAGCACGGCUCUCCAUGCGGUUUAUUUUG